AUGGCGUACCGCACCGGCGCGCUGCUGGACAUCGUGGACGACGAGUGGCGCGCGGACGUCCUCCCGUUCGACGAGAUCGAGAUCCCGCCGGGGAUCUCAGUCCCCGGGGACGACGGCGACGACGCGGCGACGCAGGCGGAGAACGACGGGCCGGAGAAGUGGAACGAGCUCGCGCUGCAGUUUCUGAACUGA